AUGGAUAGAAGAUCCCAUAGUACACAUAGCAUCGAUACUUCUGAUACUCCCAAUACUCCUGAUACUUCCGAUACUUCAUGUAGUAUUAAUUUUUUAUACACAUUUUUUACUAAUACCACAAAUAGUCUUCAUACUAUCCGUAGAAUUAAUCCUUCUGAUACUCCGCAUAAUACUGGUUCUCUGCAUAGUUUUGAUACUACAAGAUAUAUGCGCUCUGAUGCUACAAAAUUAUCUUCUGCAGAUUACAAAGAUAUCAUGCAAUACCAAGAUAUGAAAUCCAAGCCUCUAGAUCAAUUAAGAAAGAGAUUCCAUAUAUCAACUUCUCGUUUAUAUCAAAUUUGGAGAGGACAGGAGGUAGGAAGGGUUGAAUGGAACUAUUCAGCUGUUCCACUUUCUUAUCCAAGUACAAAUGUUAUAGAUAGACAGAAUAUAUCUGAAAUCCCAUUGGAGU